AUACAACCAGCAUUUUCUCGCAACGCUAGCAUCUCUAAUCCUCCUCUAUGCAGAUUACUACAGCUGCUCUUUUCCUGUUUGCUGUAAUAAGCGUAGCAACUAACCUAAUUUAGGUAUAGUCAAAUAGCAUUGAUGCUGGAGACGAUGUUGGCGUGCUUUUUAAGCACCGCGGACUCUUGCUCGAAGUUUACCAAGGCCCAAGACGAAUGCCGUUACCUGGUCAACGGUGAAGCCCGCAUUGUCAAGUGCUCUACAAAACAGUUUGCCAAUUAUAGGUGCACUAAGGAUAACAAUGAUUAUAAUUAGAAAGAUGCUAAAGAGCAGGCCAAAUGUACAUAAGUAGCCUACGUGGUAUCGUAAGCGUCUUAGAGAGCGCGGAGGAAUUUAACGUAUACUGCUCAA